CUAACAGUGUUCUAUGGCACUCGAUGUGACAGAAACAAAGUGUUGACCGAAUUGAAUAGUUGAUAGAAGUUGCUCAUCAGCUUUAUGAACAAAUUUUUCAUUUGUUCAAGAAGAGUGUAAAAACACUUUCAAAUAAAAUGUUCGCAGCUUCUCCGAACACACGAGAGACAUGGUUAAAAGUGUUUGCAUUGAUAUGUGGAAUUUUCAUUGGGUGUUUAUACGCAUCUUUCGGGCGAUCGGCGGCAAAAUCAUGGUUUGGAAGUUCAAAUACGCAGUUCACAACGGUUGAACCAAUCACCGAAAAACCGGAAAUAAACGAAACGGCUCAAUUUUUAGUGUCCGAUGAUACAACUAUUGCCAACGCCUUGGCACAAAAAGUGCGAGUUCUUUGCUGGGUUCACAAUAAUAAUCCGGAAAAAGAGCAAAUUGAUGCGAUUCAGAAGACUUGGGGUGUUCGUUGUACAAAAUUCAUUGUGAUAAAAAAAUCCGGUGGCAAUUCAACAGAUUCUUUCAAUAUACCAAAUGACAGAAAUUCAUCGUCAAAUAUUGAAAAUGCCUAUCGAUUUAUCUUCGACAAUUAUGCAACGAAAUUUGAUUGGUUUUUGAAAACGACGGGCAGUUCAUAUGUUGUAAUGGAGAAUUUACGUUAUAAACUAUUCCCAUAUAAUCCAACCGAUGCAAUUGGAAUAGGUCUGGCAUUGAAAAAUGGCAAAUAUAAUCUAAGUUAUCUUUCAGAGAAGGCUGGCUAUGUUCUGAGCACAAAAGCAUUAGAAAUGCUUAUAAAAGCAUUUGAUAAACAAGGGGAUAUUUCACUGGCGGAAGAGAUACACAACGAUGAACUUCGAAUCGCAAUGUUUCUGGAUUUUGUCGAAGUCCCGUUUGCCGCCAAUAAUGAUACGGAUGACAAGCAACUGUUCUUCGAUAAACAUCUUGACGAAUUCUUUCUACCGAAUCCAAAUGUUACCUUUCCAUAUCCGUGGUAUCAAGAUUAUAAAGUUAACCACUAUCUGGACCAUGCAUCAAACUAUUCAAUAGCGUUCUGUGACAUCAGCUGGCAACAUAUGUUCGUCAUGGAAUUUCUCAUUUAUCAACUUCGACCGUACGGAUUGGAAACAAAGCAUCCACCGUUACCAGAACUUAAUCAACAUUAGCAUAUAUUUUCAAUCUAUCUUUUACUUUUCCGAUUUCAGUUUUGUUUCAUUUGAAAUCACUGAUUAUUUUUUGAAUAAAUUACUUUUAAUGUU